AUGGGCCAAGAUAAUGAGCCUAAAACAUACCGCUAUAACGAGACUCCGGUCUACACGGCCUCCAAUGGCUGUCCUGUCAUGGACCCCCAGGCUGCUCAACGGAUUGGGCCCAAUGGCCCUCUCCUGCUGCAAGAUUUCCACUUAAUCGACUUGCUGGCACAUUUCGACCGUGAGCGCAUUCCGGAGCGCGUGGUCCACGCAAAGGGUGCAGGUGCCUAUGGCGAGUUUGAGGUCACCGACGACAUCAGCGAUAUCACUAUUAUCGAUAUGCUCAAGGGCGUCGGCAAGAAGACCAAGAUGCUGACUCGCUUCUCGACCGUCGGCGGUGAGAAGGGAUCUCCCGACAGUGCCCGUGAUCCUCGUGGAUUUGCCAUGAAGUUUUAUACCGAAGAGGGCAACUGGGACUGGGUCUUCAACAACACCCCGGUUUUCUUCCUACGUGAUCCUGCCAAAUUCCCCAUCUUCAUCCACACACAGAAGCGCAACCCGCAGACCAACCUCAAGGAUGCUACUAUGUUCUGGGAUUAUCUCUCCACCCACCACGAAGCGGUGCACCAGGUGAUGCAUUUGUUCAGUGACCGCGGGACCCCAUACUCCUACCGCCAUAUGAAUGGCUACUCCGGUCACACCUACAAGUGGAUCAAGCCGGAUGGCACUUUCAACUAUGUUCAGAUCCACUGCAAAACCGACCAGGGCAAUAAGACCUUCACUAACGACGAGGCGGCCAAGCUGUCCGCCGAGAACCCCGACUGGCACACCCAGGAUCUAUUCGAGGCCAUCAAGCGCGGCGAAAACCCGUCCUGGACUUGUUACGUGCAAGUUCUGAGCCCCGAGCAGGCCGAGAAGUUCCGGUGGAAUGUUUUCGACCUGACCAAAGUCUGGCCCCAGAAAGAUGUGCCUCUGCGUCGCUUCGGCCGCUUCACCCUGAACAAGAACCCGCAGAACUACUUCGCGGAAAUUGAACAGGCCGCCUUCUCUCCCUCCCACAUGGUUCCCGGCGUUGAACCCUCCGCCGAUCCCGUCCUCCAGUCCCGUCUCUUCUCCUACCCCGAUACCCACCGUCACCGUCUGGGCGGUAACUACGAGCAAAUUCCCGUUAACUGCCCCCUCAAGGCCUUCAACCCGACCCACCGCGAUGGCUACAUGAACGUGAAUGGCAACUACGGCGCCAACCCCAACUACCCCUCCACCUUCCGCCCCGUCGCCCACAGACCCGUCAAGGCUAGCCAGGAACAUGAAAAGUGGUCCGGUGCUGUGAUUGCCGAGCAGUAUCCGGUUACCUCUGAGGACUACGUCCAGGCCAACGGCCUAUGGCAGGUCCUGGGCCGUACCCCCGGACAGCAGGAGAACUUUGUUGGCAACAUCUCUGGUCAUCUCUGCGGCGCGCACGAGCGUGUUCGUAACGCUACCUACAAGAUGUUCCGUCGUGUCAAUCCCGAUCUUGGGGCUCGCAUUCAGUCUGCUACUGAGGCUCAUGUCAAAGGUGCCCCGCCAGCGCGUCUGUAG